UGUAUGUUAAUACUGUUUUGUUUUUUUGUAAUAAAUCCUUUGUUAAUAUUAUUAACAUAUCAGCCUCAUACCUAAACAGGAACAUACACAAACGAACAAUGCAACAAAAAUAACAACUGAUAUAUCCUCUCUCACACACACACACACACACACACACACACACACACACAAAGUCAUACAAGCGCGCGCGUGCGCCCACAUGCUCAGACAGUCAAUAAAGGAAGCAGGGGUUUCUACUUCUUUUCUUCCUUUUUGAGUUAGAGGAAGAUCAUACACACUGCAGUGGAUAAGAAUAGAAGUAAAAGCGAAAGACACUGAAUGGACCCAGAUGAAGCAAACGGAGUUUGGAGAUCCGUCACUUUUAUGGCACAAUGAUAACUUAACUUUGGGGACCUUCUACAGCCCGGUCCAGAUGGCAAACUCAACAUCCAGCGCCUACACCAAUGUUCGCGUCUGCACUUCAGCUGUGGCCUUUGUGAUUUUAUUCUUCUUCAACCUCGUUAUAAACUGGACUAUAUUACGAGAGCAGCGUCUGCGCAGCCAUGCGCGCUUCGUGCUCGUCUUCCACCUGCUGCUCUCGGCCAGCAUGUUCUUCGCCGUGUCCUUCAUCUUCUAUCUGCAGAUGUACUUGGAAGCGAAGCUGCCGGUGGCCACAUGCAGAGUCCUCAUCACUCUGCUGACAACGAGCGCCUCGAACAUCCUCCUCACCAUCACCGCCAUGGCCCUGGACCGCUACGUGGCCGUCUGUUUCCCGCUCCAGUACAGCAGCGUCCGCUUCAAGCACUGGCCCUGGCUUCUCGGGCUGCUCACGUGGGCGCUCGCGUCCAUCAUCCCUAUCAAUCUUUUCUUUCAACUGGAAACGGGUGAAGCGGUCGAAUGUAACCGGGAACAACUCAAAUUCGGGACGGUGCAUAAGAUUGUUCUCAUUUCUAUUUGUACCGUACUCAUACUGUACAGCUACGUGCAGAUCCUGUGCGUGGGGAGACGCAUGGGUGUGCUGAACCGGAGGAACCGCGCCGGAUGCAGGACCAUCGCCUUCCACGGCGUGCAGCUUGCAGUGUACAUACUGCCAAACUUCAUCAAUUUCCUUCUGUCUAUCCUGAAAACACGGGAUGAGAUUACUACAGACACCAAAGAACUGUUUGGUAUCAUCACGUUUGUGUUCUUCAGCCUGGCGCAAUGCAUCGCCCCGAUAGUGUACGGACUGCGCAAAGAGGAGAUGUUGGAGCAACUGAAUCUGCGCUUCCCUGGUUAGCCUGCAAGCUGAAGAGCCUGCUGGAGUGGACUGUCGGACAUCAACCCCGUCAACGGGAAAGGAGAAUGACUUCAGAGACACUCUUAUCAAGGGAAAUAUCACAGACAUCUGUGUGACCAGACAGUCUGCAGUGAGACUGGAAAUGAAUUUAAAUACAGCUAGAGACUUGAUUUAGAGGAAAUUUGCACAUUUUUAUACAUAAGCUCAACUGUGAAAUGGUCAGAAGACCAAAAAAUGACUUGAUGGCAGCUGUGUGUAGCAAAAGGUCAUCAGCUCAAGACUGUGAACACAUGCAGGCAUUACAAUAACUACUAUCUGUAUAUAUUGUAGGUCAUGCAAUAAUGAACAAUUGCAUCUUAAAGGACUAUCCAAGUAUCUAAGCACUGGUUGGUGUGCUUCCACUCUACUUAACCCCUUUAACAAACAGUCUGCUGUUUUACACAUUUCUAAUAAUGUGAAAUUAAAUAUCCAUUGAAUUUGACUUGUUGAGUUGAAAGAGGCAGAUGUAGAGAACAGGGUAGUAUGGAGACGGAUGAUCCGUUGUGGCGGCCGAAAGAUGAUGAUACAGGCAACGCAAACAGUUUUUUGGCAAAAACCAGCCAUUACUGAUCUUAAGCAAAUGAGAGGUCAUUCAAGAUGUGCUGGGAAUGUAAUUAUUGCUGCAAGGAUUACAUGGAUUCCCUUUGGGAAAGACAUAGCAUACCACUAAGGACUUUGCUAAUUUACAAACGCUGAGAAUACACAAGCUGUAAAAUUCCAGAGAGGUCAAACCUGCAAAACUCAGUCCAAGAAAAUUUAACUUUUCAAAGUUAAUAUUUAAAACUAAUUGAUACGAAAUGCAAUGUGAAUCUCAUUUUCUUGUUUCAUUAAUUCUGUCAAGUUUAUUUAUUUUUAACACAAGCCUCUGGAACAUGGUAAAACAUGCUGCAGAGAGCGAUUGACAUUUCUUCAAACAAAUCUUAACUGUAAUUGCGCACUGUAAAUUGCAGGCACUGAUCGAUUGUAUGUAUUUUGUGUUACAUAAUCUUUACCUUUUUUUUUGUAAUAAAUCUAUUGCUCAAGUUCUGCUGUUUCUGUUGUGAACAGACAGGCAGUACAGUUAAGGUUUACACCUCUGAUUUCACACAUAUGCAGAUCGGUAGCCAGUGUGUACAACAGCAACAAAAAAAAAUGUACAUGCAAGAGUUGUGAGAAUUAAAUCCAAAAACUACUAAAAUACACUCACAGUUAUAUUUCAAUACCUUAGUGAACAACAAUAACUACUGCACAUAGUUGUGAUAAACAAA